UCUGCGAGAGGCAGAGAGAAGCGGCGGAGAUACUGCGCGGGGCGGCAUCGCUGCUCCCUCCGCACAUGAUAAGCGCACCAUCGUCCCUCUCUCUCUCUCAUCGCCACUGACAUUUCGCCUCUUCAGUCUCAUUUUGCAAAGCGGGCUCUUUUUAGACUUGCUGCGCUCCAUCUCCUUGGUUUUCAUAGUUCAGUAAUAUGUUUCGAAUGAUAUUGUGAACAUGCGGACGGUGGAAUUUGCGCCUCCGCAUCUCCGUGGACUGAAAACACAGCCUCACUUGUUUGCUUUUUAAGUUCCAAUUUUGCGCGUCAAACAUUUUUUUUCGUAGGCGAUGCCAGAUUGGUAUGAUUUAAAUUAAUAUCCUGGGAAAAGAUCCGUGCUCAGAUGCGAAGCUGAAUCUACGGGAAAUGUUGACGAUUCACCUUAGCGCUUUGGUGACAUUUUUCAUGCCGUUUGUUGGGGAUUGGCAGAGGGACGCAUCUGGUCAUCCUCGAUACAUCGAAAGUUUGAUCGACACAAGCCAGUGAACUGAAGGAGCCUUAUUGAAUAACUUGUAGGAAAAGCACCUGCCCGCGAUCGCUGCCGGCGCCUUCUUCUGCUGCGUUAAAUAAAAAAUAAAGAGGAAACUACUGCGCGUAAAACAGAUACUUGGCCUCCCGACUUUUCAUUUUUUCGGAGUAAUUUUAAUGUGCGAGAUCGUGAGGGGUCGAAGCUCAGAAUGUUCGCAUUGUUGAUGCCAGGAAUAAGGUCUUUAACUUAACUGUUUUAUGUGCGAUCAUCGACAUUUUGGGAAACGCGCAUAAAUGGGAGGAUACAGGAAAGACUGAUUCGGAAUUAUUAUAGGAAAAAUGUGGAUAAAACACCUUAUUCAUCGCAGUUCAACAUCUGCUUUAAGACCAGGGAGCUCACCGGGAUGCCACACUUGGAUCCUUCUAGCCAUUAUCCACCUCACCAUGGACUUCUCAGCUUGCAGUUCCCCUACUCCUGGCCUGGGGGGCAAACUCACAGGCAGAUCUGUGCCACGGCUAAAGACUAGCCCCACGAUUCUUUGGGAGGCCCCAAGUAGGCCAACGUGGAGGUCUCAGGGCCUUGGAUGGAAGAAGGGCCUGCAUCCUCUGCAGCAGCCUACCAACAAAGCGGGCAGGAGUCCGACACUUGUAGGCCAAAAGCGCCAAGGCCCAACCCACGCGGGGCCCGGCUGUGAAGAGUGCCACCUCCAGGCCGCCUCUGGUGAUGCUCAGGCCUCUCCAGCCUCCCCAGAGGGCAGGAGCCUGGAUUCUGGCACGUCGCUGCCCCGGCUGCGGAGGCAGCUGAAGUGGGACACCAGUGAGAGAUCCCGCGACAGCAGGACCACGACAGUGCCAGGCUUUAUUGACUGGGGGCCGACCGGGGGCGACGACGGCGGCGAGGACGACGGACGGGCAGUGCCCAGCACCACAGUGUCUGUCAAGGCCACGACGACGACCACAACCACCGUCAGCACCACCACCAAGAGACCGAGAAACUCCGAAAAAAUCUUUGGGGUAACUACCAUGUUCCCCAAGAGACAAAGCACAACGCCGCCCAGCGUUAGCUUCGGAGAGACUGCCAAGCCACCAAAGACAAUAGGAGACACAGCAGGUUUGGCUGUUCAUCAGAUUAUUACGAUCACUGUGUCUCUAAUCAUGGUCAUCGCAGCCUUGAUAACAACACUCGUCCUUAAGAACUGCUGUGCACAGAGGGGAAAUGGGCACCACAAUAGCCAUCAGAGGAAGAUCAACCAGCAGGAGGAAAGCUGCCAGAAUUUGACUGACUUCACCCCAGCGCGUGUCCCCAGCAGUGUGGACAUCUUCACCGCCUAUAAUGACAGUUUACAGUGCUCGCACGAGUGUGUGCGGACACCCGUGCCCAUCUAUACCGAUGAGAUGAUCCAGCACACCCCGGUGUAUAAGAUGGCGUACAAUGGAAACAGACCCCCGCCCACGGAACGGCAGCUAAUUCCUGUGGCCUUUGUGUCCGAGAAAUGGUUUGAAAUCUCCUGCUGACUGGCCGAGGCGCCCUUGUUGUCGUGGGCAGGACGAGAGCUCCUGAUGUUGUUCCUUGGAUCCCUUUGGUAGACCUCUAAACCAAGUGAAACAAGCAAUUACAGUACACACAGCCAACUUUGUUAAAUAGUGGGAACUCUCCAACAUGAGAAAAUAAAUUUAUUUUUCUAAAAGGGAGAUGAGACAAUGUACAAGAUGCCACUCAUGGUUAUUUUACAGAGACCUAUAUUUAGAGUAAAUACAUAAUUAUGUGUGUGUGCCGAAAUGUGAAUCAACUCUGCAGACAUCUUGAAGAAAGGAAAAUACACAGGAGGCUGGAGAGAGCAGAACUGAAUUAUUACUGUACGAUGUGCCAAUGAUGCCAAUAUGUGCCGCGAUCUGUACAGAACUCAUCCAGGAUGCCAUGGAUUCAUAAUGACCUAAGUGGCAAGCGUUUCGUUUUUCCUUUCUCAAAACAACAUUAUCGGUUCAUACGUCCAAUAAUGGUUUGGUUCUUUUUUAGAAAAAAAAAAAAAAGUCUUAAAAAUUAUUUUUGAAUAAAUUUUGACGUAGUUUAAAACAUGUGUUGCAAACUCCCAAAAAUUCUGUUUGUAUACAGCACCGUGAAGUGCAAAUAAAUGAAUUAGAAUGAAACGUUACUCUAUACGGUAAAUUCUGUACUCAAAUAUCUUUUCUUUUCGUCACCUCAGUCCUUCUGAAGUAUGUCACAUUGACUGUAUUUUUAUAGACAGCAUUUUAACACAAGAAUCAGUUUCUUUUGUAGGCUAAAGUUUUAAAUGGUAGUGAAGUCUCACAUACAGCCAUGUCAAGAAAUGGUCCAACAGUAUUUAAAAAAUCAGCUCCGAUAUCAGCCCUGUUUUACUCCCUUAAAUCCUCUUCAUUGUGUACGCUGGUCAUAUUUGAGAUGUUUCUUGAACUUUUUAUGUCAACCAAGACAUGGUUCUCUUAUUUUAAGACUAGUGAACGGCAUCAUCUCUCAUGGAAGAUUUCUCAGUGCAGAAAACUGAUGAGUCCAAAGGGAAAGAAGCAGCCGAAUGUCUUCCGUAAAGAUCGCAUACAUUAGCUGACCGUCCAAGGAACCAUGGUUUCUUGUGCUCCAUUCAACAACAACAACACCCCACCCCGCCAAAUUAUUUCCCGAUUUUCAUUCAGAAAUCAGGUGUGGAUGCCAGCAAAGGCCCAUAUUCAAAGGUCACAGGCCCCCCGCCGGAGUGCUGGUGUCCGGAGAAGCCGGCCGCAGGUGGCAGGGCAGCUGAGAGCCAGGCAUACUGAUCACCUCACACCUCCAUUGAGCUUCAGUCGCAUGCAACACACGUCCAUCGGAUUGCACCUUUGGUGCCCCGUUUGGGCUAGUGUUCUUGUUCCUCAGAAAUGUUAGACACCUGCGUUUCAUGGAAUCAGUAAAGAUAGUUGCAUAUUCUCCGCCUCAAGAAAACUAUAUCCGUAGGGACUAUUGUUUUCUCUUUUUUUACCACUUAAAAUAAUCAAAAAAUGUAAAAAAAAAACAACAAUAAUAAAUUGUGCGGACCGGCAAAGAACAUUCAUGAAUACAGCCAUUCUAUCGAAUUAGCUGGAUUGUAAAAUGAGACAGAACUGUGCCAAAUGAUCUGAGACACUCCACAGCUGUUGGUUUACCUCCCCAACAAAAUCACUUGAAAACUGUAAAAAUGGCACCUUGUUCCAGAAAUCUGGCUUUUAUGCCAGCAAUCGGCCAUUCAGGAUGAGUCAGCAGGUCAAGCCUUUCAGUUCAGGGCACCUCUAAUGCUGCCAGAAUAGGGGCUUUCCUUACGUAAACAUGGCUUCCGUUUUUUUAAGCCAAUUUCCGUGUCUCCCAACACCUCACACCUCCCACGAGAGAUAAUGUCCCACACUGUACCUAGACAUCUAUGUGAAUCUACUUUUGCUGCUGCCCAAUUCAAUAUUUUUACUGACUGGUCAUUGACAGAUUUGGAGUAUAUUUAAUUGCUGUAAUAUGUAUAUGUAUAUCUGUAAAUGUAUUUUCUAUAUAUUCAAUUUGUGUACAGGUGUGUUCUUUUUUUAAAAAUAAUACCUGUCCAUUUUAGGGUGGUGGGAUUGGGCUUUAGAAGCUGUGUCUUUGUUUACAAGUGUGACUACAAUGAUGCUUCUUUUCAUAACACUGACUAAACAUUGUGCCAAGCUUCCUACUUGCACUUUCAAUCAGUACUUGUAUGAUACCUUUGGCAAACACAUAUAACUCAGUUGUUACACUGAGGUCACCGUGUAUAAAAGAUCAGAGGAGACCCCCUGUGUGUGCUGGUUUGUGAUCAAGCCAAUGGCAAGGCUGGAUUGCGAUCCAGCCAAUGGCAAGGCAGGUUUGCUAUCCAGCCAGUUGCGAGGCUGGAUUGUGAUCCAACCAAUGGCAAGGCUAGAUUGUGAUCCAGCCAAUGGUGAGCCUAAGGCCGAGCCCCAUUCCCAAGAAACCGUCCACCUGCAGAAUUUGGAGUAUACAUUGUAGUUAGCACCUUAUGGACCUUUGAAAAUCAGAUCAAGCAUCUUCUUAAAUAUCUAGAAAACUUGAGGAAAAAUAUAGGUCCUCACCUAUGGUAACAUUUAGAAGCCACAGUCUAUCAUAAUCGCACUUUGGUUAAUAAUAAUAAAAAAAAGUAAUAAAUUUAAAGAAUAAAAUAAAUUUUAUAGCUAAUAACAUUAUUAAUUAAUCAAAUAAGCUCAAAUAAUAUAUUUACAUAUAUAAAUCUAUUGAGAAAUACACUUUUAUCUAUUAAAAAAAGACAUCUAUAUAAAAUUCCCUGUUUAUAUAUUUAACAGUCACAAUCACAACUCAGUGAACAUGUCAGUCAUAUCUAAUUCAGACGUUAACUGUAACCAAAACCUGCGUUCCCUGGCAGGCUGAGUAUCACAGCAGCAACCGAUUUGGGACUUGGGGGUGGGGGGAAGAGACGCUGUCCCCCUUAUCAGUAUAUCUGAAAUUUGUGCUAAUAUUUGCAGUUACAUUUGUUAAAUACUUCCCCUCCCCCACCCUGCCUGUAUUAUUUGGAUGAGAGUAACAAUUUUUCUAACCUAAGGCUCAGAAAUGACUUACAGGCUGAUAUUAUUGAAACUUAAUUUCUAGAUUAUCUUUCUCUACAUAAAUCUACCAUUGACACACUGACGUACAUUAAGACUUUAAUUUUUUUUAUUAUUGCCUCUGUAACUGUACAGCACUGAAGCACACAUAUGAAGUAUACAGAUGUUUACAUAAAAUUAUCUCCCACAUUUUACCUCAGCCUUUUCAGGAAUCUGCGUGUAUUACUGUACCGAUACAAUCUCGCCUUGCUAUGAUCCAUUUGAAUGAUUGAUAUUACAAACGAUACUGAAUAGUGAAGAUGUAAAACAUACACAGAGGGUAAUAUGCUCAUUUUCGUAAAAGUUUCAAGAAAACUAGAUGAAAAUGUGAAUGAGAUGACUGUAAAAAAACAAAACAAAAAAAAAAUAACUAUGUAACUGGCACAAUCAAUGUUUGAAGCUUCUUC